AUGCAUUCUCUCACUCUCCUGCUCACUCUUGGGGGGGCCGUUGUGUCGGGACGGGUCUUCGACAGACUGCACGCGGUGCCCGAAGGAUGGAGGAAGAGCGCUACGGCUCUGGCAACAGACAAGCUCUCCCUCAAGAUCGGCCUCAAGCAGCAGCAUGCAGCCGCCUUGGAGCAGGCAGUGCUGGCCAUGUCAAGCCCCGACCAUCCUGACUACGGCAAGCAUAUGUCGCGGGAGGAGCUCCGCUCCUAUGUUGCCCCCAGCCCGCAGGUUGCCCAGGAGGUUACAUCCUGGCUCGCCGGAUACGAAAUUGAAUCUUCAGUCGACAAUGACUGGAUCACCAUCAGCACUGACGUCUCCACGGCCAACUCGCUUUUGGAUGCAGACUUUCACUGGUACGAGCACGCGGAAGCAAGCGGCUCAAAGCUGCGGACCCUGUCAUACUCUGUUCCUGACUUUGUGGCACUUCAUGUGGACCUGGUGCAGCCUACCACCCGGUUUGGUCACCCAGGUAUCAGGCGGUCCACCAUCUUUGAAAUGGAGGUGCUGGAGGAGAACAAGGCACAUCCCGUCCACCACGACGCCUCGUCAGCCUCUGAGGCUGGCUUUUGCAACACCACCGUCACACCUGCUUGUCUCAGGGCGCAGUACAAUAUCAACUAUACCGCAGACGCCAAUUGCGGCAACCUGAUAGGGUUUGCUUCAUACCUGGAACAGUCUGCCCGCUACGCAGACCUCGCCGAGUUCGAGAAGACACAAGUGCCCGAAGCCAUCGGGCAGAACUUUUCGGUGGUCACAAUCAAUGGCGGUACGAAUGACCAGGCAAGCAGCUUGAGCUCUGGCGAGGCAAACCUGGACGUGCAAUAUGUCCUGGGCAUUAGCCGCCCCAUCCCGAUUGUUGAGUACUUGACCGGUGGCAGAGGACCUCUCGUGCCAUCACUUAGCAAUGGCUACCCAAGCACCAACGAGCCAUAUCUUGAGUUUCUCACGUAUAUCCUCAACCUGUCAGACGCAGCCCUGCCACAGACCCUGACCACAUCCUACGGUGAAGAAGAACAGUCAGUACCGCGUGACUACGCCCUGAAAGUCUGCAACAUGUUCAUGCAGCUUGGUGCCCGCGGCGUGUCCGUCCUCUUCUCGUCUGGCGACUCUGGUCCUGGAGGCACCUGUAAGAGCAACGUUGACAACACGACGACCCUCUUCCAGCCUAACUUUCCGGCAGGGUGUCCCUAUGUCACCUCUGUGGGGGGCACCUCGGGCUCCGCUCCAGAGCGAGGGGUUCCUUUCUCCAGCGGAGGCUUCUCCAUGUACCAUGAACGGCCAGAGUGGCAGGACGCGGCCGUCUCAAAGUACCUCGACUCUAUUGGUGACACGUACGCGGGCUUGUACAACGAUACAGGCCGCGCCAUUCCGGACGUAGCGGCACAGGGCCAGCUGUUUGUUGUGAUUGACAGUGGGCGUACUACGUCGCUCAGCGGAACUUCGGCAUCGAGUCCGACGUUUGCUGGUGUUGUGGCCCUGUUGAACGCUGCGAGGAGGGCGCAGGGCAAACCUGGCCUAGGCUUCUUGAAUCCAUUCCUGUACAGAAAUGCGGCUGCACUGACAGACAUUACGACGGGCUACUCGACUGGCUGCCGGGGAGGGGGUGCCGGACUUCCACCAACUGGCGCUCGCUGGAAUUGCACACAGGGGUGGGAUCCUGUGACGGGGCUGGGAACACCUAAAUUUGAUGCUCUGUUAGAAGUUGCAGCUCCUGGGACUCCCAACCAGUAG